GGCUGUAGAGGCGGGGAAAGGAGCGCGAGGAAAGAGGAGGCUUGUGGGGUGAGGGGUGGGGGGAGUUGGAAGCAAAUGACAUCACAGCAGGUCUGAGAAAAAGGGGCGAGAGGCAGGCAACCCGAAGCGUGGGGCGUUGUGCAUUAGGAGCUGGAGCCCAGCUGCCCUGGCAAGGACCUCGGCGUCCCCAGAGACCAUGCAGAGGUCGCCUCUGGAAAAGGCCAGCGCCAUCUCCAAACUUUUUUUCAGGAACUUAGAUGCUUUAUUGGCUCACAUGCUACUAGAGCUAUUCCCGCGUGCGUUGGAAUGGACCAAUUUUGUGGAAAGGGUACAAACAGCGCCUGGAGUUGUCAGACAUAUACCAAAUCUCUUCAGCUGAUUCUGCUGACAAUCUCUCUGAAAUAUUAGAAAGAGAAUGGGACAGAGAGCUGGCAUCAAAGAAAAAUCCCAAACUCAUUAAUGCCCUCCGGCGAUGCUUUUUCUGGAAAUUUAUGUUCUAUGGAAUCUUAUUAUAUUUAGGGGAGGUCACCAAAGCAGUCCAGCCUCUCUUACUGGGAAGAAUCAUAGCUUCCUAUGAUCCAGAUAAUAAGACGGAACGCUCCAUUGCGAUUUACCUGGGCAUAGGAUUAUGCCUUCUUUUUAUCCUGAGGAUGCUGCUCUUGCACCCAGCCAUUUUUGGCCUUCAUCACAUUGGAAUGCAAAUGAGGAUAGCUUUGUUUAGUUUGAUUUAUAAGAAGACUUUAAAGCUGUCAAGCCGUGUUCUAGAUAAAAUCAGUAUUGGACAACUUGUUAGCCUCCUUUCCAAUAACCUGAACAAAUUUGAUGAAGGACUGGCCCUGGCACAUUUCGUGUGGAUCGCGCCUUUACAAGUGACGCUGCUGAUGGGGCUGCUUUGGGAACUCUUACAGGCCUCCGCCUUCUGUGGCCUUGCUUUCCUCAUAGUCCUCUCCAUUCUUCAAGCUGGCCUAGGGAGAAUGAUGAUGAAGUACAGAGAUCAGAGAGCUGGGAAAAUCAAUGAAAGACUUGUGAUCACCUCAGAAAUUAUUGAAAAUAUCCAAUCUGUUAAGGCAUACUGCUGGGAGGAAGCAAUGGAAAAAAUGAUUGAAAACCUAAGGCAAACAGAACUGAAACUGACCCGGAAGGCAGCCUACGUGAGAUACUUCAAUAGCUCAGCCUUCUUCUUCUCAGGGUUCUUUGUGGUGCUUUUGUCUGUGCUUCCCUAUGCAUUUAUCAAAGGAGUCAUCCUUCGAAAAAUAUUCACGACCAUCUCAUUCUGCAUCGUUCUGCGCAUGGCAGUCACUCGGCAAUUUCCCUGGGCUGUACAGACAUGGUAUGACUCUCUUGGAGCAAUAAACAAAAUACAGGAUUUCUUACAAAAGCAAGAGUACAAGACAUUGGAAUAUAACUUAACAACUACAGAAGUAGUGAUGGAGAAUGUAACAGCUUUCUGGGAAGAGGGAUUUGGGGAAUUAUUUGAGAAUGCAAAACAAAACAAUAAUACUAGAAACAUCCGCAAUGGCGAUAACAGCAUCAUCUUCAGUAACAUCGCACUUCUUGGUACUCCUGUCCUGAAAGAUAUCAAUUUCAAGAUAGAAAGGGGACAGUUGUUGGCAGUUGCUGGAUCUACUGGAGCAGGCAAGACCUCACUUCUGAUGAUGAUUAUGGGAGAACUGGAGCCUUCUGAGGGUAAAAUUAAGCACAGUGGAAGAAUUUCAUUCUGCUCUCAGUUUUCAUGGAUCAUGCCUGGCACCAUUAAAGAAAACAUUAUCUUUGGUGUUUCUUACGAUGAGUAUAGAUAUAAGAGUGUCAUCAAAGCAUGCCAACUAGAAGAGGACAUCUCCAAGUUUGCAGAGAAAGACAAUAUAGUUCUUGGAGAAGGUGGAAUCACACUGAGUGGAGGGCAGCGAGCAAGAAUCUCCUUGGCAAGAGCAGUAUACAAAGAUGCUGAUUUGUACCUAUUAGACUCUCCUUUCGGCUACCUAGAUGUUUUAACAGAAAAAGAAAUCUUUGAAAGCUGUGUCUGUAAGUUGAUGGCUAACAAAACUAGGAUUUUGGUCACUUCUAAAAUGGAACAUUUAAAGAAAGCUGACAAAAUAUUAAUUCUUCAUGAAGGUAGCAGCUAUUUUUAUGGGACAUUUUCUGAAUUACAAAGUCUACGGCCUGACUUCAGUUCAAAGCUCAUGGGAUACGAUUAUUUUGAUCAGUUUAGUGCAGAGAGAAGAAAUUCAAUCCUAACAGAGACUUUACGGCGUUUCUCACUAGAAGGAGAUGCUGCCAUCCCCAGGAAUGAAACCAAAAAACAGUCUUUUAAACAGACUGGAGAGUUUGGUGAAAAUAGGAAGAACUCUAUUCUCAAUCCAAUCAGCUCCUUAAGAAAGUUUUCCAUUGUACAGAAGACUCCAUUACAAAUUAAUGGCAUCGAAGAAGAUUCAGAAGAGCCUUCAGAGAGAAGGCUGUCCUUAGUUCCAGACUCCGAGCAGGGGGAGGCCAUCCUGCCUCGCAGCAAUGUGAUGAACACUGGUCCCACCUUUCAGCGGCGCAGGAGGCAGUCCGUGCUGAACCUGAUGACACGCUCCUCAGUGAACCAAGGCCAAGUCAUUCACCGAACCCCAGCAGCAUCCACACGAAAGAUGUCCCUGGCCCCUCAGGGGAACUUAACUGAAAUGGAUAUAUAUUCAAGACGUUUAUCUCAAGAUAGCGGCUUGGAAAUAAGUGAAGAAAUUAAUGAAGAAGAUUUAAAGGAGUGCUUUUUUGAUGAUGUGGAGGGCAUACCAGCAGUGACUACAUGGAACACAUACCUUAGAUAUAUUACUGUCCACAAGAGCUUAGUUUUUGUGCUAAUUUGGUGCUUCGUUAUUUUUCUGGCUGAGGUGGCUGUUUAUUUGGCUGUGUUGUGGAUAGUUCAAGACACACCCCCUCCAGACAAAGGGAAUAGUUCUGCAAGUACAAAUAACAGCUACCUUCCAGUGAUCUUCACCAGAACCAGCGCAUUUUAUAUUUUUUACAUUUAUGUGGGAGUAGCCGACAGUUUGCUUGCUCUGGGAUUCUUCCGAGGUUUACCACUAGUGCACUCUCUAAUCACAGUGUCGAAAAUUUUACACCACAAAAUGUUACAUUCUGUUCUUCAUGCGCCUAUGUCAACCCUCAACACGUUGAAAGCAGGUGGAAUUCUUAAUAGAUUUUCCAAAGAUAUAGCAAUUUUGGAUGAUCUUCUGCCUCUUACCAUAUUUGACUUCAUCCAGCUGGUAUUAAUUGUGAUUGGAGCUGUAGCAGUGGUCUCAGUUUUAAGGCCCUUCAUCCUCUUAGCAACAGUGCCAGUGAUUGCUGCUUUUAUUUUAUUGCGAUCCUACUUUCUCCAUACCUCCCAGCAACUCAAGCAACUGGAAUCUGAAGGCAGGAGUCCAAUUUUCACUCAUCUGGUUACGAGCCUUAAAGGACUAUGGACACUUCGUGCCUUUGGACGUCAGCCUUACUUUGAAACGCUGUUCCACAAAGCUCUGAAUUUACAUACUGCCAACUGGUUCUUGUACCUGUCAACCCUGCGCUGGUUCCAGAUGAGAAUAGAAAUGAUUUUUGUUUUCUUCUUCAUUGCUGUUACCUUCAUUUCCAUUUUAACAACAGGUGAUGGAGAAGGAACAAUAGGUAUCAUUCUAACAUUAGCCAUGAAUAUCAUGGGUACGCUGCAGUGGGCUGUAAACUCCAGCAUAGAUGUGGAUAGUUUGAUGCGAUCUGUGAGCCGCGUCUUUAAGUUUAUAGACAUGCAAACAGAAGAAAGUAUGUCCACCAAAUCAAGAAAACCAUCCAAGGAUGGACAGCUCUCGGAAGUUAUGAUUAUUGAGAAUCAGCAUGCGAAGAAAGAUGACAUCUGGCCCUCAGGGGGCCAAAUGAUCGUCAAAGACCUCACGGCAAAAUACAUAGACAGCGAGAAUGCCAUAUUAGAGAACAUUUCCUUCUCCAUAAGUCCUGGCCAGAGGGUGGGCCUCUUGGGAAGAACUGGGUCAGGGAAGAGUACUUUGUUAUCGGCUUUUUUGAGACUGCUGAACACCGAAGGAGAAAUCCAAAUAGAUGGUGUGUCUUGGGAUUCAAUAACUUUGCAAGAGUGGAGAAAAGCCUUUGGAGUUAUGCCACAGAAAGUAUUUAUCUUCUCUGGAACAUUUAGAAAAAACUUGGAUCCCUAUGAACAGUGGAAUGAUCAAGAAAUAUGGAAAGUUGCCGAUCAGGUUGGACUCAGAUCUGUGAUAGAGCAAUUUCCUGGGAAGCUUGAUUUUGUCCUUUUGGAUGGGGGUUUUGUCCUAAGCCAUGGCCACAAGCAGUUGAUGUGCUUGGCCAGGUCUGUUCUCAGUAAGGCGAAGAUCUUGCUGCUGGAUGAACCCAGUGCUCAUCUGGAUCCAAUAACAUAUCAAAUCAUUCGAAGAACCCUAAAACAAGCAUUUGCUAAUUGCACAGUGAUCCUCUGUGAACACAGGAUAGAAGCAAUGUUGGAAUGUCAGCGAUUUUUGGUCAUAGAGGAGAACCAAGUGCGGCAGUACGACUCCAUCCAAAGACUGCUGAGCGAGAAGAGCCUCUUCCAUCAGGCCAUAAGCCCCUCGGACCGCCUGAAGCUCCUGCCCCAUCGGAACUCCAGCAAGCACAAGCCCAGAUCCAAAAUCACUGCUCUGCAGGAGGAGACCGAAGAAGAGGUGCAAGAAACCAGGCUGUAGAAAGGAGUACCAGUGUUUGCAUGGAGCGCUCACACGUGGACUUGUAGGAGAAAACAGUUUAUGCCUCAGAAAACAAGGAUGAGUAAUGCUAUUUUUUAAAAGGAGACGUUUCAGUAAGAGGAAUUAAGGACGUUCACUUAGGUCUGGAUAAGUGGCUUCCCGGCAAUGGUCAAAUUGUGUGACAGGUACUUCACAUCCUUGAGGAUUGACCACUUACGUGUGCAGCCAGAUUUCCUGAAAACCUUUUCCUUUCUUUAGUCAUUGGAAAGGUGGCUGUACAUGUCAGCCAGCUUAAUUGUUCCACUUACUGUUUAGUGAAAUUUGUUGAUUUGUAUUAUUGGAGAACUGUAAUCAUACUAUUUAAAUGCAGUGGUUCUCAACCUUCUGGCCCUUUAAAUACAGUUCCUCAUGUUGUGACCCAACCAUAUAAUUAUUUUCGUUGCUACUUCAUAACUGUAAUGUUGCUACUGUUAUGAAUCAUAAUGUAAAUAUCUGAUAUGCAGGAUGGUCUUAGGCAACCCCUGUGAAAGGGUCGUUUGACCGCCAAAGGGGUUGCGACCCACAGGUUGAGAACCGCUGAUAGAGAGAUGAUUAACUUAAAACUUUAGUGGCUUAUAUUUCUUUUUCUCUAAUAUCUCCAAGAUGUUUAAAAACACAACUAUAUGUCUGAUCAGUAUUCAGACUGUCCCAUUUCUAAGCGAGUAUUAGAAUACUGUGAGAGUCACAAGACAGCCUGUCAACAUAUGUACUGUGCAGUACCUAGGUAUCUGUCAGGAGAGAGAACUUCUGGAAUCCUUUAAAUCAGGGUCAGUACUAUUCUACCAAACAUUCAAACAAUCCAGAUAAUAAGAAUGCAUCCCUUACCUGGGAAAAGGCUAUUAGCUCUCUUCAUGUGGAAGUUGACAUGCCUUUCCACAGCUCUCAGAAAGUAACAAGCCAGUAAGACCUCUGAACUGAAGGAUGGCUGGAAAAAGGUUUUAAUAUAAAUUGGUGAGAAAAACACAGGCAGCUAAGCCAUGGAGGCUGCAGGUAUAUGUACCAGAAAUCUGAAAAUCUGGGUAUACAUGGGGUGAUGUCAUGUGUUUUCAGACUACUCUAUGCACAUCAUAUUGUAUAUACUGAGUGGGAGAGAUAGUGGGAGACACACUAAAGAAGAAUCAAUCAUGAAUUAGUUCUAUAUGCUUCUGUUUUAUAAUUUUGUGAUGCAAAAGAAAUUUUCUCUAGGAAAUAGUAUUUAUUUUAAUAAUGUUUCAAACUCAUAUAUAAAUGACUAUAUUUUAAGAAUGAUUAUAUUAUGAAUUACAUUUGUAUAAAAAUUAUAUUUGAAAAUUUGACUUGUAAUGGCACUAGCUAUUUUUAUGAUAUAUUAUGUUAAACCUGGGGGGAGGGGGAAGGUAAUGUUGACCAGGGGCUAUAAAUUACCUUGAAGGUGUGGAGAGAAGCAUCAGGGCUCACACAGAUGUUGCACACACCUGGGUAAUUUCCAGACAACAUUCAGGUUUCCUCUUAGGUGCAGCUCUAAAAAAAAUAGUACCAUGAAAUCUGACUACUCCUAUCAAGGACACACUACUUCCAACUCCAAACUAAAGAUUGCAUUCUAUUUUUUACUGUAAGAAUAUAUCAUUUGUCAAUAAAAUUCACAUAUUUGUG